AUGGCACAGAACCAAUCGUCCAAAGUAACUACUGUUGACACAUCAGAACAAAAAUCAACUGGUACAAUAAUGAACUGCGAUUCGACGUCCAAACAACAGCCAGAAUUAUGGCUUCCAAUUCCAUUAAAUUUUAAAGGUUCUGAAUUAUGUCAAAUACAUCCAUCAAGAAAUUUGACCAAGCUGCAACGUGCUUUUCAACCGAUUACUCCUAUAGUGAACGAUUCAGGCGAAUUUUAUCCACUUUUAGCUAAUGUUCCUCGUAGCUGUUUCUAUAUGAAGACAUGUUCAUUUCGUGAUGCUACACCACCGAUCGCCUAUAAUGGUAUAUUCUCUACGAGACCACCACAAGCACAGUAUGAUCAUCGAAUCUGUGGAACUCGCCUAGUAGCAAAUUCUUUUCUCGGUCAAAUUGUUGCUGAUCGUCUGAAAGCUGAUCGAACUCCAGAUCCGACAUUUCCUGAGGACCAAAAUAGGCUAUAUGAACAUUCAACAUAUUGUUUGGCUGCUUUGAAAAUAUUUCUGGAAACUCAUCCUGAUUUUUGGUGUUUUGUACCUAUGACAAAGGAACAAGUUGCCAUCGACGAUGCUACUUUGACUAUGGCUGACAGAAAUCAAUUAGCAGAAUAUGAACAUUCAUCCACACUUCCAACUGAAACAAAUGCAUAUCAACGUGACAUGAACCUAGUACGGUGGUGUAUUAAAUAUUUGGCUCCACCACCACCUAACUAUCAAUACUCAUUACGACAAAAAAUUGAACAAUAUGAAUUUUUUCGUGAGAAAAAAGAAUGUUUCGUUUCACGAUUUCUCAGUCUCUACAAUGCAGCAAUUGUCAUUGCUCUUCCUGAAAAUGCCUCCAAUGCGGUCCGUCAUGUCGUACAAGCAUUAUUAAUUGUUUAUGCUGAACCAAAAUUAAAUAUCACCACGGGGGUAGAUGAUACAGUAUCAAUAUCAAGUGACGCUGAUGAUGAGAUUUGGUGUAAAGAUUUAAUUCAUCCACGUUUAGUACAAAAUUCAUUAUCAACCAGUACAUGCUAA